AUGGCAAAUAGUAAAGCGUGCCCUGAAUUCAAUAGGCAAAAAUCUAUUAAAGUACAUAUGGCUGAAAAGUGUGUAUCAUAUGCAGAGGCUAAUAAAGAGAUACCAACGUCAUACAAAUCUUAUUCAGAAGUUAGUAAAGAAAACAUAAAACUGCUCCCUAGAUAUAAUCUUAAUAAUGUUACAUCAGAAACAUGGGAGCAAUUUAGUAAUAAAGUAGAUACAAAAUUGCUACAAUUAUUGUCUAAUGAUGCACUUAUUGAUGCUCCUGUUUUCACGGAUGUCUUGAUUGAAAGUGCUAAUGAAAUCUUUCCAGUGAAAAAUGAACCUUCUCAUAUUCCUAGUCCACCUUGUAGUAUAGCAAAUGAUUUUCUUGAUAAACUUGCUCCUCCAACAGUUAACAUAAAUAUUAACCUAUUAGACAAAAAUAGCAUAGCAGACGAACAUGACGAAUCUCCAGGAUUAAAUUCUUCCUUUAGCAAAACGGAAUUAAAAAAUGUAUUAUCUUAUGUCUCAGACUCUGCCCCUGGACCUGAUGACUUAGCAAUUGACAAGAAUGUUGAUGUUUUGCAAUAUGCGGAUGACUUACUUUUAUACAUAAAAGGAAAUAAUAUUGAUGAUGCGUCUUCGAAAUUAACGGAAUCUCUGUGUUAUCUUAAACGGUGGUUAGAUAAUCAUGGUCUCGAUUUAUCACCAUCAAAAAGCUCCGUCGUUCUUUUUCAUCGAAUGCGUAGAGCUCCAUUACUUCAAGAGCCUGCAAGGAACAAGAAAAGACAUGUCGUUUGUAUGGCUUCCGACUUCUUCUAUCCAAACACAGGCGGCGUAGAAGAACACAUUUACAACUUAUCGCAAUGUUUGAUCAAACGCGGCCACAAAGUCGUUGUUAUUACUCACUGUUACGGUGACCGAGUGGGCGUUAGAUACUUAACUGGAGGUCUCAAAGUUUAUUACUUACCCAUACGGGUAUUUUACUCGCAAUGCGCUCUUCCGACUAUGAUUUGUAAUAUAGCGAUAGUGCGGUACAUUCUAAUAAGAGAAUGUAUUGAAAUAGUACACGGUCACUCAGCGUUUAGUGUUUUAGCCCAUGAGGUGUCUAUUAUCGGUAAACUAAUGGGCUUAAAAACUGUAUUCACUGAUCAUAGCCUCUUUGGUUUUGCUGAUAUGUCUGCAGUGUUAACUAAUAAAUAUUUGCAAAUGUGUUUAUGUGAAUGUGACCAUUGUAUCUGUGUGUCUCACACUGGUAAAGAAAACACAGUUUUACGAGCAAAAGUUCAAGCUCAUAAAGUUUCCGUAAUUCCAAAUGCAGUAGAUGCUUACACAUUCACUCCAGACCCAAGUCAAAGAGACCCGAAUGUGAUAACUAUUGUAAUAGUUUCAAGAUUAGUUUAUAGGAAAGGUGUUGAUCUUAUGGCUGCUGUGAUAGCAGAAAUGUGUCCGAGAUAUCCCAAUGUAAGGUUUAUUGUUGGAGGCGAUGGUCCAAAAAUGUGGUUGCUUCAAGAAGUCAGAGAACAAAAGGGUUUCCAACACUGCGUCACACUGCUUGGUAGCCUAAAACAUUGUGAAGUUAGAGAUGUUUUAGUAAAAGGGGAUAUAUUUCUCAAUACAUCGUUAACAGAGGCAUAUUGUAUGGCAAUUGUUGAGGCUGCUUCCUGUGGGUUAAAAGUUGUAUCGACAAAAGUAGGAGGCAUACCUGAAGUAUUGCCUGAAAGUAUGAUUUAUCUGACUGAACCAAAUGUAACAAGCAUUGUAGCUGGUAUAGAGUUAGCUAUUAAAGAUUUGAAAGAAAACAAGAUUCUGUGUCCUUAUGAAUGUAAUAAAAGGGUUAGGAAGAUGUAUAAUUGGAUGGAUAUCGCUAGAAGAACAGAAAUUGUGUAUAAUAGAAUAUUGUUAAACAAAAAUAAGUCUUUAGGACAACAAUUAAAAACCUACCUCAGUUGUGGCGUGUGGCCAUUCCUUCUAGUUAUAAGCUUAAUAUAUUUGUUAUUACAGUUAGCUGAGAAGGUAUAUAAAAGGAAACACAUAGACAUAGCAAGGGAUUUAAAGUUAUAGAAUUAUAGAUUUUUUAAAUUAUACUUAUGCAGGUUAAU